AUGACAACUACCAAAAUAGAUAAUUUCAACACUAAUAUUGCUUGGUUAGAAAGAGCAAUAUCGGAAGAUUAUAUCAAAAAUUAUGAUUUUGCAGAGUUCACUAAUUGGGAAGAAAUCAGCAGCGGUUCUGGACAUAAACCUUUUUAUGCCGAAAAUGUAGAGUAUGACGCAGAUUUAAUUAUGAAAAUUAAAGGAGGCAUGAGAGAAAAAAUUGUUAUGAAUACUCCUAUCGAAUAUAGUAACCUGUAUCAAGUUAGCAUGUUGGAAAGAUGA